ACGUCACACCGAUGUGUGGACGCGAAAAACACAAAGCAGAGGACACAUUCGCGGGUCCAGUGGUUCUGCGGUAAUGCGCAGUCGACAUCCCGAAUCCCAUGAACACAACGUCGUCUGCUAACAAGGUCUCGGGUGGCGUGCCAAGAAACAGACGGAACGACAUGCGCAGAACAGACCACGUGCCAUUCGACACUGUGCGUCUGCGUCCUUCCCGCCAACAGUCGUAACGGCACGAGUGAGCGUUUUGAUUGCACACCCAAAGGAAAGCAGGCUAAUUAUCUACAACAGUACAAGAAGUUCACCGUAGACGACAGUGCGGCACACUAGCAAAGGUGAUUGAUUGAAGAGCGUGCUGGAUCCUUCGGGUUAUGGGCAGAUUCCUACAACAGCGUGGGCACGUUAGUCGUGGCGGCAAGAAAUUUGUUGAGCCUUCACUUAAUACUGAGGAGGAUGAAUCAGCAGAGAGAGUGUCACCAGGUUCUGAAGCAAGUGAAGUACCACAGCAACCCAGAAGUGAUCUUGUAACCACUGCUGUUCGCUUUUUGGAGAAUCCCAAGAUCCAGAGCAGCCCCAUUUCCCAGAAAAGAGCGUUCUUGUUGAGAAAGGGCCUCACAAAUGAAGAAAUUGACUGUGCCAUAAAACAGGCGCGACCAACAGCUACUGUAGCAGACCAGAGGGCACUGGUUCCAGCACCAGGUCCUCCCCCACUUCCUCCUCGCCCCCUUCCAGUUCAAUACGCAGGUGCAGAACAGACAAUAUGGAGUUAUCUUCGAGAUAUCUCUUCAACAGCAGCUGUUCUGGGAUUUGCCUGUUACGGGGUAUAUUAUUUGUACAAGAAAUACCUUGAGCCAUAUUUGUCCCACAAGGGAUGGAUAAAGCAAGAUGACCAGCUUACAAAAGUUCUGCAAGAAGUCAGCGCACUAACGGCAGCUGUACAACAGUUGAAAGAAGCAGUGAAGUCUUUGGAGGGGUCCUUAGGAAAUGAACAACGCAUGCUUCGAGAAACAGAGUCUGUUGAUGCUGUGAAGCAUGAUGCUGCCUUGUCAGACCUCAAAUCUGAAGUGCAAUCCAUCAAGGGCUUGCUGCUCAGCCGGAAACAAUUUCCAGACACACCCAAAGCUUUUCCUUCCAUUCCAACAUGGCAGCUUAAGACUGAGGAGGCUUCUAAGGAAAAUGGGGUUGAAAAUCCGGAAGAAGAGCAUCUGGAAAACGUGGAAGAAUCUGGAGAUCACACAAACGGGGAGUCCUCAACUAUCUCAAGUCCUGUCACAGUUAUUGGUGCAGCAACGGGGGAUAUCGUCGUUACCGUUAAAGAAUUACCCGUGAGCGGCGCGGAUUGUGAAGCUCAAGAUAGAGGCUAUCAAAUUGGUGGUUCUGCGUUUAAUGUUAUCCGUGCAUUGGUACGCUUGAAUAUUCCUGUUAUCAAUGGGAUCACUGUUGGAAAUGGUUUGUGGGGAGAGCGCGUCGAAGCUGCGAUGUCGGCGCUGAAGUUACCUGUGCUCUUGCGCCACCAACAGCGUGAUAAUGGCUGGUGCCUGGCACUCGUUGAACCUGAUGGGGAACGUACCUUCAUUUCCAUUCCUGGUUGUGAAGAAGUCUGGCGUCCAGAGAUGCUAAGUGCAUUGCCGGCGAAGACGCCAGGCAUUAUUUAUGCCAGUGGUUAUGAGCUUUCCUGUCCGGACGGACAGGUUUUGCAGCAGUGGUUACUCAAUACAUCAGCUGAUCAGACAUUGGUAUUGGACCUUGGUCCCCGCAUAUCACAUAUUGAUCCGACCUUUAUCGAAGCGUUGCCACCCAAACGUACUAUUCUAACGCUAAACAGGGACGAGAUAACUCAGUUUUGUGGUGAAGGAGAUCCCGUUUCAUUGGCAGUUCAGUAUGCAACGCAACAUCAGGUCACGAUAGUUGUCCGGCUAGGGCAGCAAGGUGCUUGGCUCUGUGGAUAUGAUCAAGCGGCGAUACAGCUGCCCGCUUAUCAGGUCAGUGUAGUGGACACGAUUGGUGCGGGGGAUGCUCAUGUGGGCGGCAUGUUGGCUGGAAUGUCUUCCGGCCUUUCCUUAGCCGAGGCAGUUGAUAUGGGCAAUCGGGUUGCGGCGAUUGUUGUCAGUCGUUUAGGUUCGGCAGGUGCUCCUGCUGUGGAAGAGCUGGAAAAUUUUGCUUUUUCGCCUUGUUUGUACUGAUAAUUUCUGAUAACUGCAUAAGUUUAUCUAGGCCCUUAUCAUUUCUGGAAAUUGUUCUAUAGUAGGAAAUAAAUUUUAGGUGUGAGCUUACGUUUAUUUCUUCAUGGAGAAAGGAAUGAGAGUCAUAGUAUUUACUGAACCCGCCGUUCCAACAACAGAUGCACAUUAACUUUAUGGCAUGGCAUAAGUGGCAGAGCCACGUGAUUUGUUAGUUACACUCUCGCGCGAUGAGUUUUAAAAACACCUCUGCUAGCGAAGUUCCAGAAGGUGCUACAAGAACUUAGACAGAAACAUUAACUUAGUUUACCAUCGUACAAGCUGUGUGAAGCGCCUCCACCUGCCACAUGAUUUUCAUUAUGGAAAAUUGUGCAUGACAUGUAAGACCAGUGGCGGAUCCUGGGGGGAGGGGGGGAUUUCCCUCUCCCCUCCCCCACUACGCGCUCCGACAAAGAACCCCCCCCCCCCCCAAACUGGUGGUCAGAUCCGCCCCCGUGUCAGACCUAUAUUUUCUAUUGUACCUUUCAGUAUUGUAUUUUAUCUCUGAGUUGCAAGUUGAAUAAAAGGCAUAUCUGUUGCACGGAA